AUGGAUUAUCACAAUCCAGAUGCCUUUACUCCAUUUUCUGCGUCCGACGUGCAAGCAAGCGUGGCGAUGGAAGAACUAGGUUUCCAGCGUCAUGCAAAGAUUUUACGAACGCUCUUCAGCGCCAACUCUUCUGCGGCCUACGAUGAAGAUUUCCUCCUCAGUUUCAAGAUUUCUCAGCAACCCAGACGCAUUACCAGUCCGUUGCUGGCAGACCAGCAUGAUCGGCUUCCGCUGAUCCGCCAGAUCAUCUCCCAGAUGUCGCCGGCACCGGACAGUAGCUAUCAACCUGGACUGCACUCAUUUGUUUGGGCGUGGCUCCUAGUCAUGCCGCUCCAGAGCUUACAUUUGAUCAAGGACAUGGCCAAUAAAUCACUCUCCCCCGAGCACUUUACACUCAGGUUCCAUCGCGCCACCAUCGCCAUGGGAAGCAUUUUGGACCAGUUCGUACUCAGCAAAUCACCUACGACGUACCCUGUUGCGUUAUCGGACGAGCAAAAUGCAUCACAUCUCCAUUUCUGUGCUAUCUCGAACAAGCAAUAUCCCGUCUACGUCCAUAUCCUUCCGGUAGCCCCUCAACCGGAUGACUUCCCUUCCCCUUAUGUCAAGUCUGGGCAACAAGAACGCGCGAUACGCUCGAACAAUAUGCUCGAUCUCAUACCCCUCACUCCUGAGUUGUGUAAAAUGUGGCGCAAAGGAUACUGGGGCUUGGAACCUCAUCUAGGAAACGUAUAUAAAGGUAUGCAAAGCGUCCGCAUCAUGUUUCGCUGGCUAGGGGCGAGCAGUGCCAGAAUCCCGACCACAGACCUUAUGGAGCUAGACGACUACCUCGUAACGGUAAAUCACAACAAUCACCCGCCUGAUGGCCCGAUGCCUCCGACAGAUGUAUUGUCAAGAGCAUUGCUAUGUGACGGCGACGUCUUCUAUAUCGUUACCAGAAAUUUCGAGGAGUCCAGAAACGUCUACAAGUGCCUCCAGAUUCAAUGGGACUUGGUGAAGAUCAUUCAUCUUUCUGGCACCGAACCUUCUCUUGUUUCACGGUUUAAUUCGGUGAGGGUUGGAGAGGAUAUGGACGCUCAUUCAACUACGGUACAACAGCCAACACCUUAA